CUCCAGUUCAUUGUAUCUAUGACCUUAAUUUGAUUAUUUUCAUAUUCCACCCUGCUCCGAACAAAUUAAAAGUACCAAGUCAUUCUGACGUCUGACAUUUCAAAUUUGUCAGUGUCAAGUUUGCACGUCACGUUUUAUGUCUUCUUUUCACGUUUUAAUUGAUAAUUGUUGUGGCCAUUUUGGUAUCAAUCUACGCUAUAAAAAAGUGAAACAAGGUUUUUUAAUGAAGACUGUAGAUUGUAGCUUUUAAUAUCCAAUUCGAUAGUUGUUACAAAAGAUAGACGAAAAGAACUGAUUCAAUAAUAGUUGAAAUUUGUUUGUCCGUAGGAUAGUACAUGUUUCUGUGAUUAUAAUCAAUUUUAAUAUUUACCUUGUUUUGAGGACAAGAUGAUUGAACUGACCGUGAAGACUUUAGAUUCUCAAAAUCAUCAAUUCUCAGUUGAAGAUGAUAUUACAGUUGAACAGUUCAAGGUAAAAAUAGCAGAUACUGUGAACAUUCCUGCUGAAACUCAACGUAUAAUUUAUUGUGGAAGAGUUUUACAAGAUAGCUCAAAACUUGCUGAUUAUGAUGUCCAUGGUAAAGUUGUUCACUUGGUGCAAAGACCGCCACCAGGUACUGCUCCAAGAACAAAUAGUAGACCUACUUCUCCUCAAUCACAAAGAAGAGGUUUUAGAGGAUUCAGAGGUUUGGAACAAGGUAAUGCAAUGUAUUUGGGUUCAAUGGCAUUUCCUGGUAACUUGAUGGAGUCUCAAGGCAUUGUACCACCUCCUCCAACUCAUAGUCUUUCUGGAAGUCGCUUAAAUGUUGCAAGAAGAAUGCUGGGUAGAGCUGAAGCAGUUAUACGUCUUCUGGAAAGUCCAAAUGCAAGACAUCAAGAUCAGCCUUUAGCUAAUGAAAAUCAAGAAGAAGAAGAGGAAGUUACACCAGUAAUUGAAGCUAGAGUCAUUGUUCCAAGUAAUAUUGAACCAAUUGAUGAAGUGCUCAAUGCUGUUCAAAAUACAUUGUUGAAUGCUUCAAAUAACACAAGAAAUCUGAACUCAGCAAAUACUAGUGGUAAUUCUCAAGUAAAUAGUGAUACUGGAUCAAUUCAUAGCUCAGCAGAUACAACACCUACAGGUGCUACACCAAGAUCAUCUUCUACUGAAAACUUGAACGCAGAACAGAGACCUACUACUAAUAAUGGUCUCCCAGAAAAUGCCUCGAGAACUGUUGAAAUGUCUGACCUUUUAACCUUAUUGGGACAAUUACAAGUCAGGUUAGCACCGUUUUUGGAAAGAUAUCAGACUUUUAUGAGAGAUGAUCCAGAAGUGCCAGCUGAUAAUCAACGACAAACUCAAAUAAUGUUGAAUAGGGUAUCUGAGGUGAUGCAUUUUCUAGGUCAUGCCUAUCACUCACUUAGUGACUUGAUAAUCAGAGUUAGAACUCCACCACCAAGGCCAUUGCUAUGCCGCCCUAUUCUAAUUCAACACUCAGCUGUUGUUCAAACUGGCAUUCCAAUACAAGUUGAGGCACAGAUAAAUCUCUCAGCCGAUCGUGUCAAUCCACCGACAACAAAUGCAGGAACAACUCCAGAAGAUCCAAACACAUCAACCACUGCUACAACAGCAGCAGCUGCUCCAUCAACAAAUACCACUUCUGCAGCCACUACAAAUUCAAAUGCUAUGCCAACAAAUAGACCUACAAUAUCUGUUCAGCCUGGAUUUGUUGGUGUGCCAUUUUUGCCAAGUGCAGCCAUGAGAGUGCAAUCGUUUCCUGUAGAAAUUCGCAGUGUACGACCUUUGAUCCCACCUAGAACACAAAGUACUACUUCAGAUACUACUAGUACAGCACCUCCCACAAAUGCACCAGAAAACAAUACCAAUUCUAGUAGCAGUGCUGCUGGCAAUGGGACUACGAAUGCUCAAGAUAAUCCACAAGGUGCUCCAUUCAACUUCAACAAUCCGAAUGUCGAGUUCUUUAUGGAAGUCACCCCUGAAGGUAUUACAAUUGAUUCUUUGGAGACAACGCUUGUUGGUUCUUCUAAUCAAGCAAAUGAUUUACUAAGGGGGGCACUUAAUGGUCCUACUCCAGAAUUUUUACAAUCUCUGAUGCAAAUGGCUGGACAAAUCAUAAACAGAAACAUCCAAACUACAGGCGCUUCUGCUCCUGGAAGUGAACCUGCUCAACCCGCAUCAACCCAGUCCACUCAAAGUACUAGUGCAGGAGCCCAAGCACAACCUGUUGCUGGUCAAAAUUCGCAAGCACGUGGCAAUACUCAAACAAAUCCAACUACUUCAACCUACACCAGAUCUACGCCAAGACCACACGUUCAUUUGGCUCAACAAGCCAUGCAAGGUGGUUUUGAUCCUUUCCUUCCCUGCAACUCACAUCACAUUUCAAGACGUGGCAGAAUGCAAGCCCAGCAAACACCAAUAAUAAGUGCCUCAGCGUCCUCCAAUCAAAAUUCAGCACCCCAACAGCCAAGGGAAGAUAAUGCUUCAGGCGACCAGAGAAAUGCUAGGCAAAGUUCCAAUAUCCUAAACUUCAUAAAUGGUAUAUUUGAUUCUAUUAGAUCAGAACAAAGAAGAGGAAACGAAAAUGACCCAUGGGGUUCACCUAAUGUCUCAAAUAAUUCUGCUAAUGGUGAUAAUACAUUAGGCGGUUUUAAUUUGGCAUCUAUUGGAUCAAUAUUAAAUCUGCAAGGAGGAUUGAAUUUGCCAGACUUACUGAGCCAAGGUCCAACUCUGGACCAACUCCUACAACAGUUUCAACAGGAUGAUCAAUAUGUACCAGGCGAAAGCAUUAUUAUUGAUUUAAUUAUGCUUUUUGUCAGAAACCUGACACUUGUGGACACAUUCUCAUUGUAUAGUGGCAAUGUUGAACCAAUAAAUAGAAAUAUUAGCGAAAUUCAAAAUUUCUUCAGAACUAGAAUCUGUGAAGGCGACACAUCCCCAGCUGGCAUUGAUAGGGGUGUAGAAAAACUUAUUAGAGAAAUGCAACCGUUUUUGGAAAAUUUCAGGUCCUUACCUGUGCAAAAUGAUAUAGAUAUGGUCAGAUCUGCAGAGCAAUUGUUUAGACAGAGGUUGCCAAACAUAAUUAUCGUUGCAAAUAAUUUAAAUACUAAUACAACACGUAUGCUAAUUGACCAAUGUAUAACUACUGCAAAACAACUUUUAGCAUUGACUCUUUUAGCCAGUUCAACUGGUCAAAGGGGUGUAGAACAGGUUUACGAGCAGAUAAUGACUAAUUUCUUGAGAGAUAUCCCCCAAGAUAUACAAAAUUGGACCCUUAUGACAAGUCGAGUCCAGUUUAGGCAAAUUCUGUCUAAUCUGAGUAUACCAGAAAGUAUUUUACAACCUUAUAUUGUUCAUAAACCUAUCCAACAACAAACUCGUCCACAGCAACACCCGCCUCAACCGGCACAACAACCACUGCAGCAACAAUCUGUGUUUUCUACUAACCCAGACCCAUUGUCUCAUGAUUACAAUGAAAUAGAGUUAAUGGAUGUUGAUGUACAAGAUGUACGAACUGAAUUAAAUGCAUCCAUAAUUGUAUCGGAUAAUGAACCAUUGCCAAAUGUAGUUAUAGGAUCUGAACCUUGGCAUGGACAAGUUCCGGAGGAUUGGGUACCUAUUAUAACAAGAGAUGCACAAAAACAAAGAAGACAAAAUCCUCAAGGACCAUUUAGUGAUGCUUACCUAUCAGGCAUGCCUAGUAAAAGAAGAAAAAUUGUCAAUAACUCCAAACCUCAUGGUAGUCUUCCACAAGUAAUUUCAGAAAGUGUUAGACAGGCAGUUACAGCCAGUGGAUUAACCUCUGUAGCUCCUUUAGAAGUAGUAGCGCAAGCAGCAGGUGCUUCAUCUGAAAUACAGAACGCUUAUAGAAAUCUACUUCGCUCUACUGUGCAAACAAAUCUAAAGGACAAUGAAGACUUUCACCCCGAACGCUAUCCUAACGUUUCAAAUUAUUUUAAUAGCAGUUCACAAUGAUGUCUAAGUAUACACAGUAAAUAACACUAUCGGUUGUAUCGUUGUUUAUGUAAAAAUAAAUUAAUAAAUUAUUUAUCACCAGGGUUUUAUUAUUGUUUUAGGAUCUACAUUUUUCAAUUUUCAUGUUAUUUAUCCCAAAUCUCUCAUUUCAUUCACAUCCAAAAUUUUGAAAACAAUAGAUAAAGCUAAAAAGUGUCUAUACCACACAAUCCGAAAAGGAGGUAAAUCUGGUAAAAUUUAAGUUGAGCAUAUCUACCUUAACAGAUUUCAUUUUCCUAAAUAAUCCAUGUUCUAAACAUGGUAUGAUAAAUGUUGAC